AUGGCGCUCCCUCCCAAGCUCAAGGGCCACCGUCUGCUCUUCUUCAGCGACGACCCGGCUGCUCCGGCACCCACGGAGGCAUCGGCAGCUGAUCCCCUGCACACGAUAGAACUCUAUCUGGAUUUCGUGUGUCCCUUCUCAGCAAAGCUCUUCAAGACCUUUAUCACGUCCGUUGCUCCCAAGAUCCGGGCGGACCCCAAGUUGGCAAGCAAGCUGCAGGUCAUUUUCCGCCAGCAGGUCCAGCCCUGGCACCCGUCGUCAACGCUCGUUCACGAGGCUGCCCUCGCUGUGAACCAGCUUGCCCCGUCCAAGUUUUGGACCUUCAGCGAGGCCCUAUUCAACGACCAAAAGUCGUACUUUGACGUCAACAUUGUGAACGAGCCUCGGAAUGCCACGUACAAGCGCUUGGCUAAGCUAGCGGCGGACAGCACUGGUGUGAGCGAGGGCGAGGUGUACAAGCUGCUGGCUAUCCCCGAAAAGCCGGCCGACGAUGGCAGCUUGAACAUUGGGAACGGGGUGACGAAUGACCUCAAGCUCACUAUCAGGAUUGCCCGUCUGGUCGGAGUCCACGUUAGCCCCACUGUUAUCUUCAACGGUGUGGUCAACAACGAUAUCAGCUCCGGCUGGAGUGCUGAUCAGUGGCUCGAGUAUCUGGGCAAGUCUCGCGUCGUUGUCCCUUUGGUGAGCCGUGAGCAGUUCAUCAGGAGAGCCUCAUCAUCGCCACCCGCGCCAAAACCGAAGGGGCCCAAGUUCGCAAUCCCCCAGAGGAUGAUCAUCUACCACAUCGGAACGCCUAGGAUCAUGUUCCUGGGUGCCCUGAAGCUGACGACAAUCUUUGUCUUCGGCUUCUUCGCCCUCGUCGUGAUACCAGGAUGUGUGUCCGCGGACAUGCCGCUCUGGCAGACCACCGGAUUGGCCGUCGCCAGCGUGAUCCCCUUCCUGGGGGUCUGGUACCUCACCUCGCCCAUGGUGGUCUGGAUCCACAUGCGCGUGCCCGACAAGUACCGCCGGUCCAAGCACGUGGUGGACCUGUUCCUCGACGCCCCGCCCGCCGACGCCGAGGUCACCAUCACCAACAUGGGAGCCGUGUUCAAGCCGCGCAUCAGCAACGUCAGGAUCUCCGACCUAAAGCCUGAGAAGAAGCGGUUCGGGCUGAUCAACUACACGCGCGACACCGCCAAGGAGAAUUCUCAGCGCAAGUGGUGGAUGUUCAGGGCGAUGGGCGGCUUCAGGAUCGAGGAUGAGACCACCACGGGGUCCAAGACGAAGUGGGCGUGGGAGGCUGUGGCGAAGCAGAUCCGGCAGAGGGCAGGGGAGGGGAAGAAGACCAGGAGGGCGUAA